UAAAGCUAUAAUAUAUAAACACACUGAAUGUACACCAGAUGCAGAAGAGUUUUGUGGGUUUGUACUGAAGUUUGAAUGUACACAGGUUGUUUUAUGACUUGAUACCGUGACUAUUUCCUGUAAGUGAACUCUGUGCUGAUACAGGGUUUGAUUUAACACACCGAUGUUGGAGUGAAGUAAACGUGUGUCCUGCUGUAAUCUGGAGGAGACAUGACCUCCAACAUGAGUGUGUCUGGAGACCAGGACUUAAAGAAAGACGAGAGAAUGAUGGAGGGAAAGAGAUCAGACUCACCAGAAUCCAGCUGUGUGUCCAUGAAGAGUGACCGGUCAGUGGGUGUUCCACUUAACUUCAGAGACGGAGCCAGUUCUCCUGAUAUGAGACCACAAAAGAAGAAAUCAAACAUCUGCAGAAAUCAGCUGGACUCCAUAUUCAAGGAGCUGGAACACAAAGUCAUCACUCUGAUAAAGAAUGAAUUGAAGAGGUUUAGGAAGCUCCUGAGUCCAGAUUACCCAGCAUGCUCUGAGAGGGAGGUGGAGGAUGAGGAGGAUCUGCACAGUGUCAGAGAGGGAGCGCUGAAGAUCACACUGCACGUCCUGAAGAACAUGAACCACACAGAUCUCGCUAACACACUGCACAACAAGUCUGUGGCUUCUGUGUAUCAGACAGAGCUGAAAUCCAGCCUGAGAGAGAAGUUUAAAAGAAUUAAUGAAGGAAUCUCACAGCAUGGAAGCUCAGCACUUCUGAAUGAGAUCUAUACAGAUCUCUACAUCACAGAGGGUUGGAGUGGAGACGUCAAUAACGAACAUGAGGUGAGACAGAUUGAGACAGCGUCCAGGAGACCAGCAACACAGGAGACGCCCAUCAAAUGUAACGAGCUCUUUAAAGACAAGUCCAUCAGAAGAGUGCUGACUAAAGGAGUUGCUGGAAUUGGAAAAACAGUCUCUGUGCAGAAGUUCAUUCUGGACUGGGCUGAAGGAAAAGCAAAUCAGGACGUCACCUUCAUGUUUCCACUUCCCUUUCGAGAGCUGAAUCUGAUGAAGCAGAGAAAUCUCAGUCUGAUGGAGCUUCUUCAUCACUUUUUCCCAGAAAUGAGAGAACUAGAAUUACCAGACUGUGACUCCUACACAGUGGUGUUGAUCUUUGAUGGUCUGGAUGAGUGUCGACUUCCUCUAAAUUUCCAGAAGAAUGAGAGAUUGUGUGAUGUGACAGAGUCAGCCUCGGUGGAUGUGCUGCUGACAAACCUCAUCAAGGGGAACCUGCUUCCCUCUGCUUUCCUCUGGAUAACCUCUCGACCAGGAGCAGCCAAUCAGAUCCCUCCUGAGUGUGUAGACCAGGUAACUGAGGUACGAGGCUUCAGUGAUCCUCAGAAAGAGGAGUACUUCAGGAAGAGGAUCAGUGAUCAGAGCCUGGCCAAUAAAAUCAUCACACGCAUGAAGUCUUCAAGAAGCCUCUACAUCAUGUGCCACAUCCCAGUCUUCUGCUGGAUCUCAGCCACUGUUCUAGAGAGAAUGUUGGGUGAAGCAGAGAGUGGAGAGGUCCCCAAGACUCUGACUCAAAUGUUCACACACUUCCUGAUCUUUCAGAUCAAACACAAGGACCAAAAGUACCAUCAGAAAUGUGACCCUGAUCCUCAGCAGACCAGAGAGAGUAUCCUGGCACUGGGGAAACUGGCUUUCCAACAGCUGGAGAAAGGAAACCUGAUCUUUUAUGAGGAAGACCUGAGAGAGUGUGGCAUUGAUGUUGGAGAAGUGGCAGUGUACUCAGGAGUGUGUACCCAGAUCUUCAGAGAGGAGUUUGGGCUUCACCUGGGGAAUGUGUUCAGCUUUGUACAUCUAAGUGUUCAGGAGUUUCUGGCUGCUUUAUACACAUUUCUCCACUUUAUUUUUAGAAAGACAAAUGUGUUAGUGGAGCAACGCACUGGACUUUUCCAUUUCUUCAGCAAGUCAACCAUGUCCGAUUUCCUCAGGACUGCAGUGGACAAGGCCUUACAGAGUGAGAAUGGACACCUGGACCUGUUCCUCCGCUUCCUUCUGGGUCUCUCACUGGAGUCCAAUCAGGCUCUCUUACGAGGCUUAAUGCCUCAGACAGGAAGUAGCUCUCACAGCAAACAGGAAACAGUCGAGUACAUCAAGGAGAAGAUCAGGGAGAAUCCAUCUCCAGAGAAAUCCAUCAAUCUGUUCCACUGUCUGAAUGAACUGAAUGAUCAUUCUCUAGUGCAGGAAGUACAGACUUACCUGAACAGAGAAGGUAGCAGUCGUCUCAGUGGAACCAGACUCUCUCCUGCUCAGUGGUCAGCUCUGGUGUUUGUGUUACUGAACUCGGAUCAGGAGCUGGAUGAGUUUGAUUUGAGGAAAUAUGACCCAUCAGAGGAAUGUCUUCUGAAGCUGCUGCCAGUGGUCAAAGCCUCCAGAAAAGCUUUGCUGUGGGGGUAUAAUCUGACAGAGGAAAGCUGUAGAGUUCUGUCCUCAGUUCUCAGCUCAAACUCCUCCAGUCUGAGAGAACUGGACCUGAGUCACAAUAACUUGCAGGAUUCGGGAGUGAAGCUGCUCUCUGCUGGACUGGAGAAUCCACACUGUACACUGGAGACACUGAGGCUGUGGGAGUGUAAUCUGACAGAGGAAAGCUGUAGAGUUCUGUCCUCAGUUCUCAGCUCAAACUCCUCCAGACUGAGAGAACUGAACCUGAGUAACAAUAACCUGCAGGAUUCAGGAGUGAAGUUGCUUUCUGCUGGACUGGAGAAUCCACACUGUACACUGGAGACACUGAGCAUGUAUAAAUGCAGUAUUACAGAUGAAGGUUUUGCUGCUCUGGCUUCAGCUCUGAGGUCAAACUCCUCAUCACUCCUGAGAGAACUGAAUCUGAAGGGUAAUAAUCCAGGAGAAUCAGGAGUGAAGCUGCUCUCUGAUCUACUGAAGGAUCCACACUGUAAACUGGAGUGUUCUAAUUACAGAAUGAUGGAGGGAAAGAGAUCAGACUCACCAGAACCCAGCUGUGUGUCCAUGAAGAGUGACCGGUCAAUGAGACUUCCAUUUCACUUCAGAGACAGAGACAGUUCUCCUGAUGUGAGACCACAAAAGAAGAAAUCAAACAUCAGCAGAAAUCAGCUGGACUCCAUAUUCAAGGAGCUGGAACACAAAGUCAUCACUCUGAUAAAGAAUGAAUUGAAGAGGUUUAGGAAGCUCCUGAGUCCAGAUUACCCAGCAUGCACUGAGAGGGAGGUGGAGGAUGAGGAGGAUCAGCACAGUGUCAGAGAGGGAGCGCUGAAGAUCACACUGCACGUCCUGAAGAACAUGAACCACACAGAUCUCGCUAACACACUGCACAACAAGUCUGUGGCCUCUGUGUAUCAGACAGAGCUGAAAUCCAGCCUGAGAGAGAAGUUUAAAAGAAUUAAUGAAGGAAUCUCACAGCAUGGAAGCUCAGCACUUCUGAAUGAGAUCUAUACAGAGCUCUACAUCACAGAGGGUUGGAGUGGAGACGUCAAUAAUGAACAUGAGGUGAGACAGAUUGAGACAGCGUCCAGGAGACCAGCAACACAGGAGAAACCCAUCAAAUGUAACGAGCUCUUUAAAGACAAGUCCAUCAGAAGAGUGCUGACUAAAGGAGUUGCUGGAAUUGGAAAAACAGUCUCUGUGCAGAAGUUCAUUCUGGACUGGGCUGAAGGAAAAGCAAAUCAGGACGUCACCUUCAUGUUUCCACUUCCCUUUAGAGAGCUGAAUCUGAUGAAGCAGAGAAAUCUCAGUCUGAUGGAGCUUCUUCAUCACUUUUUCCCAGAAAUGAGAAAACUAGAAUUACUAGACUCCUACACAGUGGUGUUGAUCUUUGAUGGUCUGGAUGAGUGUCGACUUCCUCUAAAUUUCCAGAAGAAUGAGAGAUUGUGUGAUGUGACAGGGUCAGCCUCGGUGGAUGUGCUGCUGACAAACCUCAUCAAGGGGAAUCUGCUUCCCUCUGCUCUCCUCUGGAUAACCUCUCGACCAGGAGCAGCCAAUCAGAUCCCUCCUGAGUGUGUAGACCAGGUAACAGAGGUACGAGGCUUUAGUGAUCCUCAGAAAGAGGAGUACUUCAUGAAGAGGAUCAGUGAUCAGAGCCUGGCCAAUAAAAUCAUCACACGCAUGAAGUCUUCAAGAAGCCUCUACAUCAUGUGCCACAUCCCAGUCUUCUGCUGGGUCUCAGCCACUGUUCUAGAGAGAAUGUUGGGUGAAGCAGAGAGUGGAGAGGUCCCCAAGACUCUGACUCAAAUGUUCACACACUUCCUGAUCUUUCAGAUCAAACACAAGGACCAAAAGUACCAUCAGAAAUGUGACCCAGAUCCUCAGCAGACCAGAGAGAGUAUCCUGGCACUGGGGAAACUGGCUUUCCAACAUCUGGAGAAAGGAAACCUAAUCUUCUAUGAGGAAGACCUGAGAGAGUGUGGCAUUGAUGUUGGAGAAGUGGCAGUGUACUCAGGAGUGUGUACCCAAAUUUUCAGAGAAGAGUUUGGGCUUCACCUGGGGAAGGUGUUCAGCUUUGUACAUCUGAGCGUUCAGGAGUUUCUGGCUGCUUUAUACACAUUUCUCCGCUUUAUUUUUAGAAAGACAAAUGUGUUAGUGGAGCAACGCACUGGACUUUUCCAUUUCUUCAGCAAGUCAACCAUGUCUGAUUUCCUCAGGACUGCAGUGGACAAGGCCUUACAGAGUGAGAAUGGACACCUGGACCUGUUCCUCCGCUUCCUUCUGGGUCUCUCACUGGAGUCCAAUCAAGCUCUCUUACGAGGCUUAAUGCCCCAGACAGGAAGCAGUUCUCACAGCAAACAGGAAACAGUUGAGUACAUCAAGGAGAAGAUCAGGGAGAAUCCGUCUCCAGAGAAAUCCAUCAAUCUGUUCCACUGUCUGAAUGAACUGAAUGAUCAUUCUCUAGUGCAGGAAGUACAGACUUACCUGAACAGAGGAGGUGACCGUCGUCUCAGGGGAACCAGACUCUCUCCUGCUCAGUGGUCAGCUCUGGUGUUUGUGUUACUGAACUCAGAUCAGGAGCUGGAUGAGUUUGAUUUGAUGAAAUAUGACCCAUCAGAGGAAUGUUUUCUGAAGCUGCUGCCAGUGGUCAAAGCCUCCAGAAAAGCUGAGCUGUGGAGGUGUAAUCUGACAGAGGAAAGCUGUAGAGUUCUGUCCUCAGUUCUCAGCUCAAACUCCUCCAGUCUGAGAGAACUGGACCUGAGUGACAAUAAACUGCAGGAUUCAGGAGUGAAGCUGCUCUCUGCUGGACUGGAGAAUCCACACUGUACACUGGAGAUACUGAAGCUGUGUAGGUGUAAUCUGACAGAGGAAAGCUGUAGAGUUCUGUCCUCAGUUCUCAGCUCAAAAUCCUCCAGACUGAGAGAACUGGACCUGGGUUACAAUAACCUGCAGGAUUCAGGAGUGAAGCUGCUCUCUGCUGGACUGGAGAAUCCACACUGUACACUGGAGAUACUGAGGAUGAUUAAAUGCAGUAUUACAGAUGAAGGUUUCGCUGCUCUGGCUUCAGCUCUGAGGUCAAACUCCUCAUCACACCUGAGAGAACUGAAUCUGAACGGUAAUAAUCCAGGAGAAUCAGGGGUGAAGCUGCUCUCUGAUCUACUGAAGGAUCCACACUGUAAACUGGAGACAUUAUACAUUAAGGAUAAUAAACUCACCAGGACCGGCGUUUGACAGGAGUCUCACCUCAAACCUCUUCUCCAGGAUAAGGCAGUUUUGGUGAAGAGUUAGAACCCGUCCCACAUUUCCAGCAGUUUGGGAGCUGAAUCAUUAAACUUAAAGGGACAGAGCAGAUAUAAAGUCAAGAACAGGCAGAAGGUCAUACACAGGAGAAAUCAACACACGUAACGAAAUAUCUGCUGUACAAAGCAACGGCAACGAUCUACCCUGGGGAUGGAGACUGACGAUGCUCAAGUACAUGUCUGGUCACAGACUGAUCCCAAAGCACGAGGCAGGAGCAGGCAUGUUAAUGGUAAAUGGUCUGCAGUUAUAUAGCACUUUUUUAACCUUAGUGGUUCCAAAGCACUUUACACUGUUUCACAUUCAUGAGGCUUGUGCCAAAGAGUAGAUGUGAAAAUACAGUGGAAAAUUUCCCUUGCAACCUGCCAACCUUUGCUGUGUCAUGAACACAGUGUCUUGGUCAACCCAGGAGAUGAUUUAGAAAAGUGCCUAUGCAACAGUGUGUUCACCAUGCAUGGAGGCACUGUAUUUAUACACAGUGUUGCAUGAAAUAACAACAGAAAUAACACAAAUCAAUACCCUCAUGCACAUCUCUCUAAUGGCCUGAUUAGGUCCAUAUCAAUUAUUUCAACUGCAAACUUGAAUAAAGGUAAUGGGCACAAUGGUGCUAUUGGGGUGGCCAUUGGAUUUUGCAGCUGAAAUUAGUAGCCUGGUAACAAUUGCUUCCACAGCUCCUUUUUGAUGUACCAGUCAACUUAACACUACCCAUAUGAGUUGAUGUUUGGCCAAAAACCUAAUUUACCAGUGGAUAGUUUGCUUGUUGGUAGUGAAGAAGGGGAAGGAGAUGGUGCCCAUUCAGAUGGGGUCGCCCAACACCAAAAGUAUUUGACCUCCAUUUAUACCAGUUCCUGAAGGUACUUGGAGACUGUGGUCAUUCACCGUAGGACCAAUUGCCCUGACUCAGUAGCAAUACUACCCCCUGGCACUUUAGUGUAUUGUAAGGAUCAUUUCAUGGUUGCCAUAAGAUUCAGGAUGUCUGGCACUCCACUGUGUUUGAGAUUGUGGCCUACAUUGAUGAAGUGGGAACGCUGUAUAAGAUCAGACCACAUGGAGAAGAUGGCCCCAUUAAAACUGUCCAUUGCUCAGAACUUAAGCCUGUUCUUACCUGGCAAAAAUAUGCCAGGUAAACCAAUGGGUCAGGUCUACUGGCCCUUUCCAGCCCCAGGAGUGAGUAGAGCCAGAAGGACCUAGAAUUGGAGAUUAUUCACAAGUGGCCAUAGUCCACACAAGAAUGGGUGUAAGGAACUGUUGGGUCAAGUGUAUGUUGAUUCUAGUUCUCAGCCCUCAGUGCUUCAGUCUAGUCCAACAGGGGUACAAAAUGAUUACUCUCUUAUGAGUAUAGGUUCAUCUUUUGUGUCUCAACCCCAGGUGACCACACGAGAGCAAGAGUUGAAAUUAGAAACUUCUCUAGAUCUUCAUAUAGCUCAGUCACUUGUUACGGCCCAGUCUAGGUUGAGUAACCAGCUCAGGAUUCAAUUGGAUUGAUCUUUAAAUAAGGGGAAACCAGGAAUUACAACGCAAACAAGGUUUUGUGAAAAAGGUUGUGGUAUAUUGUAACAGACAAUAUAUACAUAUAAUGGUACAAAUGAACCAAUCCACUUGUAUCUUCAGGGUGCGCCAAGGCCAAAAUAAUAAGCAAAAGAAGUCUGUUGUUUAGGUAGCUAGCUUACCUAAAAGGAAUAUAAAGAAAAUACAUGUAUACUUCCCUAACUACCUAAGCAAAGAAACAGAGAAAAAAGGACCCUCUCCCAAAUGAAAUGGCAGCCACACCCCUACUGCCAGUGAACCAAUUGAACAUGUAUACAAAGGUGAAGAGAAUGUACAAUAAUUGGGUGAGACAUGAGGACUGCAGAUGUGUUCAGAGCAAUAAACUGCAAUGUCUGUAAUGUAAGACACCUAAGAAAGUGCUGCGGGGAGACAGGAGGACAGCUGAUUGUCCUUGCAUUGGAAAAUUACACGUAACCAUCUGUCCUCCCCAGACGUGAUCUAGAACUUGCAAAUGCCUUGAUGGAAGAGUGGAGUAACAUCUCACAGAAAGAAUGGACAAAUCUGGUGCAGUCCAUGAGGAUGAGAUGCACUGUAGUACUUAAAGCAGCUGGAGGCCACCAGAUUCUGACUGUUACUUUUAAUAUUGACCCCCCCGUGACAUUUCUGUUCAUCAAAUGUCUAUUAAACAUGUUCAGUUAUGUAUCAGUUGUUGAAAUUGGAAAUAAAUUUGCUGUAAAUAAAAAUAUUUUAAUUUGA